AUGGAUAAUUAUAUUCAGAGAGAUAGAAAACGAAAUGAAAGCUCAGGAGAAAGCAGUAAAGAAACAACAGAUAAACGAAAGAAAUAUAGAAAAUAUGACGACCAAUAUUUAGAUUUUGGGUUUACAUACAUUACUAAAGGAAAUGAAGAACUUCCUCAAUGUGUUGUUUGUCAUAAAGUGUUGGCAGCUGAAAGUAUGCUUCCUAAUAAACUAAAACGUCAUUUGGAAACAACUCACAGUCAUUUGCAAGGUAAGCCGAAAGACUUUUUUGUUAGAAAAUUGCGAGACCUGAAACAUCAGUCCACGGCUUUGCUUUCAAGAGCGUCAGUUCCUUCCAAAGCAUUGCUCGCCUCCUACAAGGUAGCUCACCGUGUCGCCAAGUGUAAGAAACCUCACACGAUUGCUGAGGAACUGAUUUUACCUGCUGCGGUUGAUAUGGUGUCAGUGAUGAUUGGAGAAUCGGCGGCUAAAGAAAUAAAAAAUAUACCGCUUUCAAACAAUACUAUUAGCCGCCGUAUUCAUGACAUGGCAGAAGAUAUUAAUGAGCAAAUUGUGGAAAAACUUUCAUGUUCAUUUGCCAUUCAACUGGAUGAGGCGACCGAUAGUAAUGACGAUGCUCAAUUGAUAUGUUACGUGCGGUACAUACAAGAAAUAAAUGUAUGUGAGGAUUUGUUAUUUUGCAGAAAAAUAUAUGAUAGUGGUAAGGCUAUUGAUCUAUUUAAGAUUUUGGAUUCUUACAUGGCCGAAAAUAAUAUUAAAUGGGAGAACUGUGUGGGUGUGUGUACGGAUGGUGCUCGAGCGAUGUCUGGACAGUAUGGAGGACUACAAGCUCUCAUCAAAACCAAGGCUCCAAAUGUAAAAUGGACACAUUGCGUCAUACACAGAGAGGCCUUGGCUGCAAAGAACAUUUCACCUGAAUUAAGUGCUGUGAUGGACAUAGUUAUCAAAGUGGUGAACUACAUUAAAACACGACCUGUGAAAGCAAGGUUUUUUCAUAAGCUUUGUGAAGAAUUGGGUGCCCAGCACACCUCUUUAAUUUAUUAUUGCAACUCUCGCUGGUUGUCCAAAGGCAAUGUACUCGCACGUGUGCACGAACUACGAAAUGAGUUUUACACUUAUCUACAGACCGAAUCACACAAUGAUGCACAAAGUUUUAUUAAUACUGAUUUUCUAAUAAAAUUGGCAUAUCUCUGCGACAUUUUUCAAAAAUUAAAUGAGCUUAAUAAGUCCUUGCAGGGAAACAAUACUCACAUACUGCAACUGGCAGAUAAAAUUACUGGAUUUCGAAAGAAGUUGCUGUUAUGGAAGAGAAAAUUAGAAGAAGGUCAAGUAAAUACUGACUGUUUCCCUGCUUUACAAGGCAUUCUACAUGAAAAAUCGAUAGAGACCCUCGAUCCCUCCAUAAAAAUAAUAUUUACACAGCACUUGUCAUCAUUAAAUGAACAUUUUGCCAAAUAUUUUCCUGAAAAUCUGGAGCAAUAUGACUGGGUUAGGAACCCUUUUCAGUCGACACCACCAUCAACACUUUCCACAGCGGAGGAAGAACAACUGAUUGAACUGUCCUGUGACUCCAGUCUUAAGCUCCAAUACGACAAAGACAAACUGCUCGAAUUCUGGAGCUCAGUUUCUCAUGAAUAUCGUGCCAUCAGCACUGCGGCAUUGAAGGUUCUGCUACCCUUUGCGACAUCGUACUUGUGCGAAACAGGCUUUUCUGCAGUUGCAGUAAUUAAAAAUAAGUACAGAUCGAAAAUUAAUGUCGAGAAAGAAAUGCGAGUAGCUAUUUCCAAUCUUGAGCCCCGUUUUGAAAAGCUAUGCUCAGAAAAGCAAGCACAUCCGUCCCAUUAG